AUGUUUUCAGAGCUUACAGCUUACUUCGUGGUUGGCCAUAUCAUUGAACUUAAGAUUGAUCAAAUGUAUGAUAAGGUCAUAUCCAUGCCAUGGUAUAAGCUCCCGCCGAAGGAACAGAAAGAGUUUUGUUACCUUUUAUCCAGACAACAGCGUCCUAUGAUGUUGACAGCUUAUGGGUUUCACCCGAUGAAUUUUGAGGCGUACAUGAGCGUCUUGAGAGGUUUAUAUCAGUUCUUUGUAAUGGUCAUGCAGUACGUCGGAUAA